UGAGUCUCAGGCAUCACACAACCUUCGACCAGCGUCCAGUUAACACACAAAAAUGGCCAAGUGGAGCAUUGUCGCAUUAGCGCUCAUCGGGUGCGCCGUGGCCGAGCCGCCUGUAGGGUACAGCUACUCAGCCCCAGCAUCCCUAGUCCUUGUUGGGGGUCACAGCAGUGGAGGUUACAGCGGCGGACUCAGCAGUGGCGGCCACUACAGCUCAGUGCCAGUUGGCCACCAAACCUCGGAGGGAUACCACGUCGACCCCGUCCUCUUAAGCAAAAUCAAGCAUAUUAUCCUUAAGGACGAAAUCCAAAACCAAGCUUACCAAUCAGCCUCUUCUGGACACGGUCACGGAAUCUCCUCCCAUUAUGGUGCUCCCGCGCCGGUUUACGGUGUACCUCACGACAGGAUCGUCGGCAUUGAACUGGACCACAUCCAGCAAGGAAUCCAGGUAGCUCAGUACCACCAAGCUGAGGAAGGUUAUGCUGGUGGAUACGCUGGUGGCUACUCCUCCGGUGGCUACUCCAGCGGUGGUUACUCCAGCGGUGGUCACGGAUCCAGCGGCCACGGCUCUGUGUCGUACUCCGCCCCCUCAAUCUCCUACACCACCAUCGGAGUUCCCUCAGGAUCUUACGGCGUCCCGUCCCCCUCAUCAUCUUACGGAGCCCCUCAUCAUUAAGUCAUAGUGAGAUAAGUUACGAAAUGUGAUCACACUUAGGCUAAUAUGUAUUAUAUUAAUUUAAGUUUCUGUAAAUAAACCUCCUUUAGUAAUGA